CUUUGGUGGCGGGACUGAGUUGUCUUCUUAUCUUGCACUCUCUUUUUCCUUGCCAAUAUCCACACACCACUUCUUUAUUUGCUGACCUAUUUUCUAUGGACCUUAACAAACUGAAGGACGUUGCUGCCAUUGCGUUCCAGCAAUAUCAGAGCGAGAGGAUGAGAGAGGGAGGUCACAACUCCUACGCAAACGACAGGCGCCGAAACCAGGACUUGUAUGGCAACCCAGGGCACCACGAUGCAUAUAACCAGGUUGCGCAUGGGCCUGUCGGGCCGACAGACUACUCGUACUCGGACAUGCGAGGCAGUGCAGGCAGCGCCGGUAGACACGGCCAGCACCAGAUUACUUUCAGCGACCAGUAUGGGAAUGACCGCCCUUCUGGUCAUGGUAGCAGCAGCCAUCAUGCCGGGCCCGCAGCCCACUCAUAAGAAAAAGCGCAGACAUAGACAUAAGCAGCAGCCUGAGGCACAUGAUGCUUAUGACGCACCUGGCAGAUAUGGCAACCGCUAUGACAGCCGACAUGACAACGGCCACAACCCAUAUAACGGCGAGCAUGGGGCGCCAUCCAAUCGCCGGCCUGGCAUUAAGGAUGUGGGAAUCGCAGCGGCCACAUUCGCACUGACCUUGCUAAACCAACAGAAAAACCACUCGAAUGGCAGCGGUGGCUAUUACAAUGAUGGAUACUAUAACCAACACAGUCAGAGUGGGGGCAGCCAUCGCCAGAAUGGAGGUAGCUCCAACGGAUUUGACAAAGACGCUGUGGCCCACCUGGCAUCAAACUUCAUUGGAAAGAAGAAGGACAAGUCUGGUGGCCACUAAAGUAUAGCAUUUUGCUCAUUAGUACCGUUUCUCCCAAUAGUACGCCUAAAAAUUACUCCUGUGGACUGGUCUUGAUCUAGCCUCGAACAGCAUUCCACAGCUC